AUCCUGCGGACUUUGGGACACGCCCUAGAGAUCGUAAGCGCGAAUCUUUUUGGUUAACCGGACCGAAAUUCCUCAAAGAAGAAGAUAAAAAACUGGCCACCGAACGUAAUAUGCGACGGUACCAAUGUGGAACUUCGAAAUAAAUUUACGUUUCUUUUAAUACAAAUUGAUACCAAUUUUUUAAAGAAAUCUUCAUGUUUUUUGAAACUUAAGAGAGUAGUCAGCUGGACACUGAGUUUUGUGAAAAACUGCCGUACCACGGAAGGAAUGCGAGCUUAUGGGAACUUAAAGGUAAACGAGCUUGAACGAGCUGAAAUGUUUAUCGUCCGAGCGGUGCAAAUGGAAGCCUUCCCGGAUGAAUAUCAUUCCCUGCAGGCAGGCGAUAAGAUAGAGAAGGGCAGCGCGCUUUGGAACCUGAGUCCCAUCAUGGACGAUGACGGCGUAAUGAGAAUUGGCGGUCGAAUAGACGCAGCAACCACGGUUCCGACCUGGACGAGACGCCCCGCGAUCUUACCUAACAAAUGUCAUGUAACAGAAAUUAUAGUUGACUAUUUUCAUCGAAUUUGGAGACAUCAGAAUGAGUCGACGAUAAUCGCCGAAAUUCGUCGUAAGUAUUGGAUGCCGCGCAUAAGAACGGAAGUACGUCGCGCCGCUGCGAGAUGUCAAGUAUGCCUCAAGGAGAAAGCCGUUCCUCGACCGCCACAGAUGGGACAACUACCAGCAGACCGGCUUACACCAUUUGUUAGGCCUUUUACCUACACAGGAUUAGAUUACAUGGGCCCGUUUACGAUAACCAUCGGUCGGCGUAGCGAAAAGCGCUGGAUCGCUUUAUUCACUUGCCUUACUACACGGGCGAUACACUUGGAAUUGGCGAAGGACUUGACUACUGAUACUUGCCUGAUGUGUUUGAGAAAUUUUAUGUGCCGACGUGGUAUUCCUGUGCGUAUUCGGUCGGAUAAUGGUACGAACUUUGUCGGCGCUGACAGAGAAUUGAAGCGGCAAUUGAAGGAGUUUAAUGACGGUAAGAUAGCCGAUGCACUUGUAAACAAGAAUGUAGAGUGGGUAUUCAACUGUCCCUCAAAUCCCCACGCUGGUGGCUGCUGGGAGCGUCUAGUGCGGAGCGUUAAGCGAGCUAUGGGGCACGCACUAUAUAAUGAAAACCUACAUGAGCACAGCCUUUACCAUCUCAUGUGCGAGGCGGAAAACAUUGUAAAUUCGAGGCCUCUGACUCACAUCCCGUUGGACACCGCCACUGACGAACCUCUAACCCCAAACCAUUUUCUUAUAGGUACACCAAACUCCGAGCAAACACCGCACCCGCAGGAAGAGAAGUUCCAGGCCACACGUAAGCAAUGGCGAAAAGUUCAACAAACGCAGUAUCGAUUUUGGAAGAAGUGGGUUAACGAAUACCUGCCUGACCUCGUCCGAAGAACCAAAUGGUACCAACCGGUAGAGCCCCUAGCAGUAGGAGACCUCGUACUCGUAUGCGACAGUAGCCAGCAUCGAUCCAGAUGGCUCAUGGGACGCCUGGUGAAGGUAUUCCCGGGAAAAGAUGGUCAAGUGAGAUCUGCAGAAGUCCAGACGAAGACGGGCACAUUUAAGCGGCCGGCCUGCAUCUUAGCUAAGCUGGAGUUGGGUAAAUCUGGUUAGAUUUACGGGGGAGGGGCUGUUAGCGCAGUUACUUGCUUGCUCAUUUGAA